GUCGGAGCAGGUGGGGGGAGGCCGGGGGUACCGACCGCGGACUUCCUGGUAGCGCCCCGCCCCGGCCGGCCCCCGCGCCCCGCCCCGGCCGGCCGGCCCGCCCCCGCCACUUCCUCCGGCCUCCCGCUCUCACUUCCUUCUCUAGCCCCUAGCCGCUGCCGCCGCCCCCAGCUCCCCCGCCGCGGGGAGGGCUUCAGGUCACUGCAUCCAGAGGGGCCCAGCAGGGGAAGGAGGCGUGGCCUCCACUGCAGCAGCUGCACCCACCAUGCAGAGUAUCAAGUGCGUGGUUGUGGGAGAUGGGGCCGUGGGCAAGACGUGCCUGCUCAUCUGCUACACGACUAACGCCUUCCCUAAGGAGUACAUCCCCACGGUGUUUGACAAUUACAGCGCCCAGAGUGCAGUGGACGGGCGCACAGUGAACCUGAACCUGUGGGACACAGCGGGCCAAGAGGAGUACGACCGUCUGCGCACACUCUCCUACCCUCAGACCAACGUCUUUGUCAUCUGUUUCUCCAUCGCCAGCCCGCCCUCCUAUGAGAAUGUGCGGCACAAGUGGCACCCAGAGGUGUGCCACCACUGCCCUGACGUGCCCAUCCUCCUGGUAGGCACCAAGAAGGACCUGAGAGCCCAGCCCGACACCCUCCGGCGCCUCAAGGAGCAGGGCCAAGCACCCAUCACCCCGCAGCAGGGCCAGGCGCUGGCCAAGCAGAUCCAUGCGGUGCGCUACCUCGAAUGCUCGGCCCUGCAGCAGGACGGCGUCAAGGAAGUGUUCGCUGAGGCUGUGCGGGCCGUGCUCAACCCCACGCCGGUCAAGCGCGGGCGGUCCUGUGUCCUCUUGUGACCCUUGCACCCAGCUUGGAGGCUGUCCUUCCCCCUCCUCCCCCCACCAUUUGUGCCUUGGCGCCUCAUCUGCCCCCAGCUGUGCCUUAAGGACUAAUUUGGCAUCCCUUGCCAGGGGGCUCCCUGAAUGCCUAUCUCUCCAUUAGGAGGCCCAUCAGGAAAGCGGUUCUGGGCCCUACCCACUUUUACUUGGGAACACCAGGUAUUCUAGAGCUCACCCAGGCCAAAGUUGGACCCCUGCCCAUUCUCCCCUACUGACCUAGCUUUCCACACAGAUGUUGCUUGCCCGAUGUGGUGCCUUCUGUCAGGUUAGGAGCGCCUAGCUAUCCUUAACCUCGCUGCUCUUUGAAUUUAACCUCCCCCCCGCCCCCAGAUGCUCUUGCCCAUUCCUCAAAAGAGCCAUGGAAUCCUGAGACGAAUGUGCCCUAACCUGCUCCCAUGUGCCCAGGCCUUAUGCAUCCGCUGACUGAUUCAGCCUCCCCCCCCCCCAGGCUCGUGGGGACCAUUCCUACCCCCAUCAGCAUCAAUAAAACCUCCUGUCUCCAGUG